GUUAAUUUCAGAAAGAGGACUUCCAGCCCUAAGGCACAUGUUUGACAAUGUAAAAUUCAAGGGUAAGGGCCAUGAGGCAGAAGACCUGAAGACACUCAUACAACAUAUGGAACACUGGGCUCAUAGACUAUUUCCAAAAUUGCAAUUUGAGGAUUUUAUUGACAAAGUAGAGUCUUUGGGAAACAAAAAGGAAGUUCAGACCUUCCUCAAGCGGAUUAGACUUGAUCUUCCUAUUUUACAUGAAGACUUUGCAAGUAACGAAGAUGGUGGAGGGGAAAGCAACGGGCUGGAUGCAGCCAUUUUUCUGUCUGGAAAUGCAGAAGAACUCCAUCCUCUGUCUGCUACAACUCUCACAGAAGAGCAACAAGAGCGAAUCAAGAAGAACAGGCAGCUGGCCUUGGAACGUAGGCAAGCGAAGCUGCAGUGGAACAGCCAGUCGCAGCACCACGAGCUCUCCACUCAUUCCUCAGAAGAGGAGUUUAAUACUCCAGUUGCUCAGGAUCCUGCUGACCUUAUUGAAGACACUCAGGCUUCUGCAACCAGGGUGGCUGUUACAGAAGCUGAAGAUGGAGAUACAGAAUUGGAAUGUGCUGGUGAGAAGCAGUAA